UCUCAGUGUCUCAAUUGAAACGAUUACAAGCAGCAUCAUGACUCUCGAGGAGGUUCUCAUCCAGAAGCCAAGCGAGAGACCUGAGAGCAUCGGCAAAUCCUUGGAGGAAGUUUUAGUGUCUGCAAAGUCUAACGAAUGCCUUACACUCGGGGUUUACGAAUCUGCUAAAGUGAUGAAUGUAGACCCAGACAGCGUGUCCUUCUGCGUCCUGGCGAUGGAUGAGGAGUUUGAGUGUGACAUCGCCCUCCAAAUUCAUUUCACUCUCAUCCAAGCCUUUUGUUUUGACAACGAUAUCAGCAUCGUGAGAGUAAAUGACAUGCAGCGUCUCACUGACCUAAUCGGUGACAAGCCAGGCGAACACGAGGAUGCUCAUUGCGUUCUUAUCACGAACCCAAGCGAAAGCUCGUGUGAAGACCCUGCUCUGGAGAAGCUGCACAUGUUCUGUGAAGAAAGUCGCAGCUAUAACGAGUGGGUUCCAGAGAUCACUCUCCCUGCACGUUGAUCUGGGACUUUACCCGUCUCUCCUGAGAUGCUGUAAAGCUUAAGGAAUACUCUGCUCAUCCUUUGAUUCAAGGAUGAUGAUGUUUCCACAUCCCUGGAUGCUCCUGAGGAGGCUUAUUACUCCAGGCAGCGCGAGGCAGACCCGAGUGGCCCUCGCGGUUACGUCGCUUCUCGUCUCGUCCAUGCCAAGAUGACCCUCAUUCUUUAUGUGAACGAGGUCAGGUAUGCGACGAGAGCGACAAAAUGGCCCUCAUUCUUUGUGCGGAUGAGGUUUGGAGAGGAAGGAGAAGCGAGUUUUGCGUCUGUGCCACAGAGCAAAUUUCGCAUGCGUUGGACACGCAGAGGACGCGGCGGUGCGUCGAAGCAAAGUUUUUAAAAAUGGACUUAACAUCAUGAACAUUUUUAAAAAUGAAAUUGCUGCACAAUAUAACGUACUUUAUUGUCGGCAAUGUGCUUUCCACUUUCCAGAAUUGUCUUAUUCUCUAAAGGUUUAACUUUAGAAAUAUAAUUUGAUAUGACCAGGAAAAACGAAUUUAGAAAAUAAUGUCA